AGACUAGUGAAGGGGACAGGAUUGUACUCCUAGAAGGAUUCUCCUCUGUUGUCCCAGGUGGCCCAUGAAGACAAACGCUUGGCGCAUACCUGGAAGACCAGGACCUCUCCUUGAGGGUGAGCAGCAGCAGCUGGAGACCCUGGAGAACCCAGAAGAUGAUGACAGAGAAGAAGCACUUGCUCUCCCCUCAGGUGUAUUGGAGGCAUCUCGACCUCUGCCGGCAGAUGAUGUACAGGAGGCGGAACGAAAACUCCACAGGACAUCCUCAGAAAGAGUGGAGGAUGAAAACGGGAACUGUGGGAAGAGAGAUGAAUUGCAGAGGGAGAAGGAAAAUGAGGCAAAUGAGAGGAAAAACAAACCUCACCCUGAUCUGAGAGGAGUUGUCUGUCAAGAAGAAGAGGAAAAGACUAUAAAAAGAUCUCUCAAUCUCUUUCAGAGCUCAGAGUCUGGGCUAAGGAGCCCUCUGAGGAAAAGCCCAGUGAAAUGUCCAACAUGCCACUCAGAGGAAAAUCUUUGUAAAUGUUUGGAACAUGGAGAGAGUUCCAGAAGGAGACCAGAAGAUCGAGGAUUUCCCACAGGAGAGAAACCUUAUGAAGACUCAGAGUCUGAAAAAUGCUUCAGUGUUAGCUCAGCUCUUCAAGACACUCAGCCAGUGCACUCAGAAGGAAAAUUGUAUAAAGGUGAAGAAUAUGGCAAGAGCUUCAAGGGAAGUUCUGGACUUAAGGAACAUCAGGGAAUGGACAGUGAGAAGAGCUGCCACAAAUGUCUUGAAUGUGGAAAGUUCUUCAUGUGGCAUUUAAGUCUUAGACAACAUAAAAAAAUUCAUUCGGGAGAAAAACCCUUUCUCUGUGAAGAAAGUGGGAAGCGGGUCACUAACCAUUCAAACCUUGUAGUACAUCAGCGGAUUCACUCAGGAGAAAAAACAUUUCCCUCUGAAGAAUGUGGGGAAAUGUUUACCCAAAACUUCAACCUCGUAGCACACCAACGAAUUUACUCCGGAGAAAAAAGGUAUGAUUGAGAUGAAUGUGGGAAAUGUUUAAGUGCUCCCUC